UCUUACCGUCAGUCAAGUGUUGCAUACCGACGUGGUAGACUCCCAGCUGAAAACAUGGACGUUAUCGUGUAGCGCCUUCUAGGAUCUGUGAUCAAAAUACAGCUAGAUAUUCACAUUUCACAUCGUCAUUUUACACUUAGACAUUCGCACUUUUAGUGAAGUUCUGAAUAGGAUCUUGCUAAAUAAAAUUUUCAAGAUCAUUCGAAAAUUUAGAAAUGAAGUUUUGAAAAGGAUCUUGCUAGAUACAAUUUUCAAGGUAAAGUUAGAAAUUCGUAGCUUAGGAAGUGUUAAGUCUCAGUCUACUAUCUGAUUAAAGUUAGAAAUUUGUAAAUUUCUAAUCAAAAUGUUAACAAUGCCAAGAAAUAUAUUUUGUAAAGUUUGGGUUUUGAGCGUUCUUUCAUUAUCGGUGACUCUGGUAUUCAUAGCAAGACAGUUCCGGAUAGUAGAUUUUAAAUCUAAAAGUGACUUCCUCUACUCUAUACAUCAGCAGCGGUUUGCCUAUAAACUUCACAACCGUACAUACUACACUCUAGCACCGAGACCCGCUACUGAGUUGUGCAUUAAAGACUUAAAAGAUAACCGGAUGCGACUUCAACGGGAUAUUUUUAACUAUGAUGCCAGCAAUCUUCUAAGAAAACCCGGAAACGGAAGUGAUGCUACGUUCCUCCCUGGGGACCUGCCCAACACCGUCCACUACACGUGGUGUGGGGAGAAGAUGUUUACAUUCGAGGACUACCUAGGUGUGUUGAGCAUCGUGCGGGUGAUCAAACCGGUGAAGCUGGUGUUCCACUACAACAAACUGCCAGUGAUGAAGCUCUACUACCACACCUGGUUCACAGAGCUCCAGCAGUCGCUGCUCUACCUGGUGCUGAGGCAGACAGACCGUGAGCUCACCUGCAAUACCACGGCACCGUUAGACUACGGGCUGGAACUACUUGCAUCAAGCGUCGGCGGAGGGAUUUAUUUCGGUGAGAGGGCUGUUCUGACCCACAUCCCCGAGCAGUGGUUUAACGAAGAACACACCACGUAUAUUACACCAACAUCAAGCGGAAGUAAACAUGUUAUUAUAUAUUCUAGAUACGGCCAUGUUGAAAAAAACUCCAGUCUUUCAGAAUUUAAGUCUAAAAUACUUAACAACUCGUAUGAAUGUAUUUCGCCUGGUGAAUACAAUGAAGCUGUAGUUAAAUACAACGAGGGGGCUUACAAGGGCGUCCCUCCCUGCCUGGCCCUGCCUACGCCCCUGUAUCCUGAACACUUCAUCAACAACACAACACCGUAUGGGAGGCUGGGACGAGUGUUGUAUUAUGGGAAGCCUGACAUACUUACAGCCAAACAGGGAGAGGAUCUUGCACCAGCCAUAAGUCACAUUAUUUCACUGACCACCCACGAUGCUGUCAACUGGACAUUCCCUAACUACUUAAGCAUCCUGUCGGCCUUGUAUGUUGGAGGUUUUGAAAGGGUAUACGUACACGGUAAUGUAGUGCCGCAAGGAUUUUGGUGGAGAAAAUUACAGACUGAAAACGUAACUUUUGUUUUUAUUGAGAACAUAGAGACAGUUUUCCAACAAAAAGUCAACGUAUUGGCCCAUCAAUCGGAUAUUUUGAGGGCCAUUAUUUUGUACAAGUAUGGCGGCGUUUAUCAGGAUAAAGACAUAUUCUGGGCCAACCCAAUACCCGAGGACAUCCGGCGCUACCCAACUGUCGGGUGUCACGACUGGCCAAUCUACGAGGAGUGGCCGAGGAGUUUUAACUUCGGCGUGAUGAUGUCCAAAUCUGGAGCUCCGUUUCUGAAGAAGUUCAUGGACUCUUUCUGGGACGAGAGAGACAGCUCCUGGGAGUACAACGGUGUGAUGAUGCCGUACAAGGUCUACGAGCGGGACCCUGAGACCUUCUACAUCUACAAGAAGCUGCAGAUUAUCUGCUACUACGGCGACUGUCACCCAAUCUGGCAAGACAACUACCUACGAACGUACGCUGACCACAAGAAAUCGCUGAUGAACUUCACCAUAGACGAGCCUUCUGCUUUUCAUUUUACGGCACCCAAGCCGGCGCCAUCUUUGUUGUCGUUCUCUGCUAUACGAGCCAAUACGGACAUGGCGGCAAAAGUAGGUCAGAGGAUCAUCGCGAACAUUGAGAAGUCCGGACGAUCAUAUCUGCUGCAAGAUGAGAUUUGAAAUAAACAAAAAGAUCUUAAAAAUAAAUGAGUUAAAUUUAAUACGUCAAACUUUAAAU